AUGGCGGCCGUUCCCGCACUGAAAACAUCCGAUAUCAUAUUCCCAGCUCUAUCCACAAAUUUCUCAGAGACGUUGUCAUCCUUGAAACGCUCAGCCCUCUCUAUCUCCAACCGUCUGAACUCAAUCACUCAAGACGCCGAUUUUGUGUGUGCGGUCGCCGACGCGUACAAAUUACCGUUGGUAGCCAACGAGAGAUGCGGUAGCUGGUAUAUCCCUCCUAGUCGCAAAGCCGAAAGUGCGUAUUUCAAGAGCACCGACGGCCAUACCGGAGAGUGGGCUUUCAGUCUGAGAAGGCUGAAUACUCAAGUCUUGGAUAUUAUUGGAAGAAACGACGGUGGCAUGCCAGAUGCCCUACUUAAGACCGUGCCAAUAUGGUGUUGCGUGCUGAACAGGGUUCUAUUCCCUGAAUUGACUGCGCAUGCACUAUACACACCGCGCCAGUCCAUAUCAGAGUCUGAGCAUUCUCAAAUCGAAGCUCGUCUGGAUGGCUUUGUUCAGCAGCUCCAGAAUCUGAAUCUCGAGAUUGCGGCCCUUCGAUCUAAGAUCUCAAAGCCUCUUCGUCCCCUUUGGGUAACGCGUGAGUCCUCGCUUCCACCGACACCUCCCUCAUUCCCUGAUUUCCACCCUAUUGUUCUCUGCACAGCCUCUCGGCGAGUCAGGGGAGGUGAGGUCUCAGAAGGAGGAUAUAUCCAAGGUGCUGGUGAUGAUAGUGAAGGAUGGUCGUGCGGGCUCACACCUCCGUUAUUCUGGAACAACCAGAGCAGAUUGCUUGCUACGAAUGAAGAAGACCUACCCGACGUUAUCGAGGAAUUUUUGAAGAGUACGAACGGCUCUACGCCCUCGGACGUCAUCUUGAUCAAGCCAACCUCUUCGCUCUAUGUUGGUUCACUUCAAGCCGCGACUCCUGACGAUUUCGAUACGGUCAUAAGCUGUGGAUUAGACACCUCUCCAGCUACUCAGUCCGGCAAGAAACCCAAGCACCUUGACCUAAAGUGCCGUUUAGGUAAAUUAGGUAGCCGAGACCUUCGAGACGAACUCCCAAAGCUCGAGGGAUUCUUCAUGAACAUGACAGACGAUCCCGGCAGAAUCCUCGUCAGCUGUGCCACAGGAAAAGACCUAUCUCUCGGUGUGGCUCUGACUAUACUCUGCCUCUUUUCAGACGACAACGGAGCCAUCUCGCCCAAACCACUCACCCGCACUAUCGACAAAUCCUUCAUCCGCCAACGCUUCAGCUGGAUAACAACCUCGUACCCGACUGCCAACCCUGCCCGCGCAACCCUCCAAUCCAUAAACUCUUUUCUAAUCCGUCCCUUCUCUUCGAAUUCCUCAGGCCCACCAGACCUCUCCACUCUUCAAAUAUCUCCCACUCCGAAGCCAACUCCAGAACCAACAUCAACAUUCCACCUCUUUCUGUCCCUCUCUGGCCCCUGGUCCACCUCCCGCACACUCACUUCAGCCCUCCCAACCAGCCCCUCCGGAACCUUCACAGGCACGGCCACAUUCACACCGCGCCCACCGUCCUCUCCGUCAUUCUCCCACGAAUACCUCUACGAAGAAUCAGGCACCUUCACUCUCCCUACGGGCCUUAAGUUCCCGGCGACUAAGAAAUAUGCUUACCGCUACGCUCCCACCACUGACACCAUGAGCGUGUUUUUCGUCGAAGAAGCCACAAAAGUCCCCGAUCCGCCCGUCACUGGUCUUUUCUUGGAUUUGCAGAUGAAGACGACGCAGGGUCCGGGAGAGGAAGCCGGCCAUGAAAGGCUUGCCAAACUGGAAGCGGAGGAGCUGCGAUUUGAAGGGCGGGAAAGUCAUCUAUGUGGAAAAGAUCUGUAUAGUGCGAGGUAUCGAUUUGGGCUUGCAGAGAAGGGAUGGUGGGAGGUGAGGUACGACGUCAAGGGGCCACAGAAGGAUUAUGUGAGUGCGACUAGGUAUGAACGGUGA